AGACCUGAAUUAGAUCUAGACUCUAUACUACACUAUAACACUAUUAUGAUCACUAUAGUAUAGAGUAUAGAGUCAGUAUAGAUCUAGUUAUACUUAUACUUAUAGACACAGACUAGAUCUAGAUCAUAUAGACUACCGUUCAGACACAUUUAGUUUCGUCUACUCUGAAAAACAAGGGUUUCACAUGGGUUUCAAAGAGCACUGGUAGGACGAUGCCAUUUCUUUUCUUCUAGGACAGAAGGAGGUGUAUAGUUGUUGAUGGAGAGAUGUCUCUUCCUACCGAACAAAGUGUUGUGCAGUCAAUAGAACAACGUGUGGAAACUCUAAUUGAUUCAGUUUUUGACAAUACAUUAAUAGGAAAUGCUUUUAGUAAUAUAUCAGUUAAAAGACCAGGUCAGACAUUGCAAGACAGAUGCAUUGAUGGCGUGAAGGAAUUUUGGUCAACAUUAGAGAAUGAGCCAAAAGAAACUCGUGAUUUAGCUUUACGGCUCUUGGUUCAGCAUCUUCACAAACAGUGGAAUGAAAAACGAGCAGAUGCUAUUUGUGCAUCACUUGAUGCUCUUGUUGAAAAUAACAUUGUAGAAGCCAAGUCAGUGUGUGAUGCUUUGUUGACCUGUGACAAACUAACAGUUAAUGAAGAGCUUCACUGGGUAGCAACCUUUAAACUUGCAAGGAAGAUAAUUGGAGGUGUAGACUACAAGGGUGUCAGAGAUUUGUUAAAAAUUGUAUUAGAAAAGUGCCAGCUACUAAACAGCGCUCACAAUAUUGCAUGUUUGCCUCUCAUCAAAGUUGUUAUUACAUUAGUGAAAUAUAUCAUUAACAGAAAUUCAUGCCUGAUGCCUGCUUACCUAGCCAUUUAUGAAAUCUCAAAAUUUGAAGCAGAUAAAAAUCAACUUUGGCCACAUUGGCCUUUAGGAAAAGUUCUUUUUGAUUUUGUUGAUGGCUUCAGACAUUGUGCUCAAAUGGUUUCUAUAUCAGGACGACAUCAGCUGCUCCCCAUAGUUGGACAUUCAAUGUCAUCUAGCAAUGUUUGGAGAUUGAAUAGAAAUACUUUGAGGUUUGCUCUUAAUGGACCUCUACCUUAUAAUCGAGAAUUGCAAGAACCUCAAAAUAACCUACUCAGAUAUGUUUUGGAGCAACCAUACUCCAGAGAGCUGGUGUGUAACAUGCUAGAGUUAAACAUUCAGGCCAAGCAGCUCUGUGAGGUUCUGGAGCAGCAAUUGGUGGAUCUGCUCGUGUUGGCACUUGAAAGGUUUGAACAGGAGACCUCAGGACAUUCCCAACUGCAGUGGCAGCAUCUGUCAUCUCAGUUGAUUUACUUUGUACUCUUCCAGUUUGCCAGCUUCUCCCACAUUGUUUUAUCACUUUAUGAGAAGUUAAAAGGAAAGAAUUUGAAAAAAGGCAGGCAUCACCUAAUGUGGGUUUUGCUGCAGUUUAUAUCAGGAAGCAUUCAAAAGAAUCCGAUUGAUGACUUCCUGCCAGUGAUGAAACUCUAUGACCUACUGUAUGAUGAUAAAGAAGCUAUUCCUGUGCCUGACAUCAACCUGCCCCAGUCUACUCAUGUGAUGGCUGCCACGUGUAUCUGGAUACAUUUAAACAAAAAGGCAGGCAACAUUAAGUUGAGGCCAAUUCCUGUUUCACUAAGGGAUCAUCUGGAAUUUCUCAAACAGAAUCUCAAAUCAUUAACACUUCAGGGCUAUAGAAUAGCUUUAAUGUGCAAUGCCUACAGCACAGAUACUGACAACUUCAGCAGACCUAUGGGAUUUCUAGUUGAAACAAUCUAUGGCAACAAUAAAAAUACAACCAUUUUACCUGGAGGUGUAGCUGCAUCAGCACCCACCACACCCCUGCAGAUGAACUUUUUGGAUUCUCUAACUGUACAUGCCAAAAUGAGUUUGAUUCACAGCAUUGUUACAAGAGUGAUCAAGUUAGCAAAAAAUAAAUCAGCCUUAGCAUUGGCCCCAUCAUUGGUAGAGACAUACAGUCGUUUGUUGGUCUAUAUGGAAAUUGAAAGUCUUGGCAUUAAAGGAUUUAUAAAUCAGUUGCUACCUACUGUGGUUGAGAACCAAGCAUUAGGAAUUCUACAUACUCUGUUGGAAAUGUUUUCCUACAGACUCCAUCAUACCCAAAUCAACUACCGUAUUCAGCUAUUGGCUCAUUUACAUCAGAUGAGCAGUAAUCAACCAAUCAAUCAAAAUCAGCUUUACCAGUGUGUUGAAAGUACCAUAUUGAAGUUGAUCAUUGGAUUAGGAAGUUCAGAAGUUCAACCACAGCUCUCUAGAAUCUCCAGUGAAGCCAAAGGUGGUGCAUCAUUUCUAGUCAGUGACUCAGAAGAGUUAAACAGAGCUCUAGUUCUGACCAUAGCCAGAGCAAUGCAUGUUACUGCUGUUGAUAACAUGUCCAGUGUGUGGUGUGAAGAUAUCCUUAAUGUGGUCAUGCAGAAAACACCAAUCAGCUGGUCAUCAAAUACCCUAGCAUGUUUCCCUCAGAGCCUUGCUGAAUAUUUUCAGAAGAAUAACAUUAACAAUAAAGAUAAUAAAAAUCAGUUGAGGACAUCAGUUGAAAAUGAGUAUAGAAAAUGGAAAUCCAUGGGUGGCAAUGAAAGUAGCAUCAUUUCUCAUUUCUCCAUGCAAAGUAACCCACCUUUAUUUUUAUGCAUAAUAUGGAAAACUAUUCAAGAUGAAAAUAGAGUUCCAGCCACAGCUUACAAGGUUUUGGACAAACUUGGGCCUAGAGCUCUGACCACACAUCUUAGGACAUUAGCCGACUAUUUAGUUUAUGAGAUUGCAUCUAGUCCAGCUUUACAGAACUCAUCAAAGUGUAUAGAAGCCCUGACAGACAUGAUUUGGAAAUACAAUAUUAUUCCAAUAGAUAGAAUUGUCCUUUGUUUGGCUUUAAGAAGUCUUGAGGGGAAAGAAGCACAGGUCCAGUUUGUUGUGAUUCAGUUUUUGUUAACAGCUAAACCUGACUUCAAAGCACGAAUACAUGAUUUCAUCAAAGAGAAUACAUCAGAGCACUGGUCUCAGUCCAACUGGCAUGACAUUCAUAUGAACUUUCAUAAGAAAUACCCAGAGAAGUUUUAUUAUGAAGGAACCCAAGAUUUAAACAACACUUUACAACAUCAGUAUCUGCCAGUUUAUUUUGGAAAUGUUUGUCUCAGAUUUAUUCCAGUUUUAGACAUUUUGAUUCAUCGAUUUUUGGAGAUGGUAGUAAUGCAGAAGGCAGUUGAAAUCAUACUGGAUCAAAUUGGUGGACUGUAUAAAUUCCAUGAUCACCCAAUCACAUACUUGUACAAUACAUUGUUCUACUAUGAAAAAAGACUGGCAGAUAAACAUGUACUGAAGCGCAAACUAGUGAAUGCCAUAAUAGGGGCAUUUAAUGACAUUCGCCCAGAAAAUUGGUGCUUGUCAGAUGACUACCUUUCGUACCUGAAAAAAUCACAAGAUGAAUCUGGCUGGACACCUGACCAUGAGUAUUACAUCAAACUUAUCAACAGAUUGAGAAGCACAAUCUUAGGAGAACUUCCACCACCUUACCCGUCUGCUGACUGGAGAUUCAAUGAGUUCCCCAAUGCUGCUGCUCAUGCUCUUCAUUCAAUCUGUGUAGAACUUAUGGCAUUGCCUGUCUCAGCACAGACAGUAGGGGAGGCUCUGAUUGAUGUCUCCCUCAAACCAUCAUCUUUGCUACCUCCACAAAAAGAUAUGAUGUCAUGGUACAAUGCUGUAGGUCUUAUAUUAACAGCUUUACCUGAAUCCUAUUGGAGUGUUCUAAAUGACAGAAUUCUGAAAGCCAUUACUUCACCAAUGCUAGAGAGUCCAGCUGCUCAUCACAGUCCCUUCAAGAUUUUGAAUGUCAGCUUGUCCCACCUCCAGAAUGCAGAGCACCAGUGUUCUACCAUUCUAGAACUCUGCCAUGGUGUUUGGCAUCAUGCUGGCAUUGGUCAGCUAUCUCAUUUGCCACAGUUUGUCAAAGAAAAACUUAAACCUGUUAUCAAACAUGAAAACCAGUUUAUCUUUCUAUGCCAUCUGAUUGGUCCAUUUCUACAACGGUUCCACAUGGAAAGAACAAGAUGUCUUCUAGAGUUGACUGUUGAACUUUAUGACAUUCUGUUGAAUGUAGACAGUAAAAGUGAACAUUUAUAUCACAUGGAUGCAAUCUGUGACUACCUCUAUCAUAUCAAAUAUAUGUUUGUUGGAGAUGGAGUCCGAAGUGAAGUUGAGAAAGUCAUCUGUAAAUUGAGACCAGCUCUUAAGGUCAGGCUGAGGUUCAUUUCACAUCUCAACAUAGAUGAGACCACUGCUGUAGUUCCCCCAACCACAUCAACACCUUCAAUUAGUGGGCCAUCACAGUAGACAUUUUGUUUUUACUGUCCUGGAGCUAUAAUGUUAAAUAGUUAAAUCAAUGUAUAUAGUUAUUAUGAUUGGAAAGAUGAUGCACUUGUUUUGACACAUUGAGACAAAUGUUUUUGCUAUUGUUUUAUAAAAAGUCGAAACGAAGUUUCGAAUGAAAUUUAAAUUGUACAUAGUUUAGUUGUAUAAUUUUUAGAAAUACAAAAAAACUAAUACAAUACUAUUUUAAAUGUACUAGUCUUUUUAACUGAUCAUGUUUUGUAUUUUAUUACUUAGUUGUUUUAUCAGUUAAUAAAUUGUUAUGUAUGUACAUUUUAUGUAUUCUUUACUAUUAUUAUUAAUUGUUUCAAUCGUUCAUCUUAUGUCUUGUGGAUUUGUUUUACUUUUUAAUCAUUAAUAAACAGGCAAUUGUUAUACUUGCUUUUAGAAAGUUUAUGAAAUCUGUGUAUAUUGAUAUAUUUUGUAUGACUUAAGCUAUUAGUGACCAUUUCUGAAUAGCAGUCAUCCUUUAUCUUCGGAAUCAAAGACAUUGCCAUUAUUAUGAAGAGCAGUCAAUGUUUGUUUUCUGUAACAUUGAAGUCUCAUAAAUUAAAAGCACUUAAGAAAAUCUUAUUUUACUGCUAAUUUCUUUGUGCCUAUUUUUUUUUAAUAAAGUACAUUAUGUGCAUCAUGGUUA